AUGGUGCCGCCGGUCUGCCCAGGCGCCGACGAUGAGUCGCCGCCCCCUGAGGACGCUCACUCGAAUAGCAGCAACGAGGAUCCCUACACGCCGCCGGACGAGAAAGCCAGGCAAGUGGCACUCAAGAAGGGGAUGGCGGAGGAGGAAGCUAGGUACCAGGCGGCUUGUGAAGCCCGUGAUGCCGCCUGGAAAAAGGAGGUGGCAGAGCUUUGGGGUCGGGCGCCUCGUUGUGCGGAGGACGUGUACGAAGACGGAAUGGCUCCAAAAAGCAAAAGGCAUGAGGGUAGAACUGAUGGUGAAAAUGAGGGAGAAGAAGUGGCAGCUCAAUCAGCAAGGAGUAAUGUUGGACGCAAGCGCGGGCGGGCGAAUCAGGAUCCUCUCCUAUACCUUGACUCGCGUGAUGUGGACUAUGGGACAGUCUAUAAGGAUUAUGUGGAUGAGAGGACGUUGCCAUCAAUAGUGCAGCUCAAAGCCGAGUUCUCGAGAUGCGCAGAAGAUAGUGUUUUUGGCAGCAUGGAUCACAUCCAGAAGUUUGUUGCUGCGAGACUUCCUCAAAACUACAAUAGCAAUAAACAAAGGAGGUUGUCAAUGCUGGUCCACGAUAUGUGCUUUGAAAUAUCAGUCCAAAUUGGGAGGUUUGUUCAAGGGGUGGGCAAGUUGGAAGAGGAGGAGGUUGAACCAGCAGCCACAAAUGUUUCUAGGGUCGCAAGCGUACGUCAAUCAGCACGGCAGAAAAAGGCAGCGGCAAGUCCGGAACAACAGAAGGUUGCAAAGCAAAAGAAUACAGGGGGCAGUAGCAGUCGAUGGAAGGAGACACUUUUGGCGUCCGAUGACGACGAGGAGGAAUCUGGCGAGGAAGAAUUUGAAUCUUCAGAAGAAGAAGAAGAGGAGGAGGAAGGGAAACAUGUGGAAAGUCUUGAAGAGGAGAGUUCGGAUCAGUACGGGGACAACAAUGAUGACGACGACGACGAUGAUGACUAUGAUGAUGAUGUUCCGUCAUACACCAGCCCACCAGCGGCCACAAAAGCUCGCGAUGAUGAUUCACAGCACAUGGACGCUGACAACUCACAGCCGCCCCUUGCCGGUGAAGAAGAUGGUGAAGAUGAGGAAGAGGACGACGAGGAUGAUGUUGAAGAGGAAGAGCAGGACAGGGAGGAGGAUGAUGAAGAGGAACGGGACGAUGAAGAGGACAAAGAGAAGGAGAGAAAUGUGGAAGAGGGCAAUGAUAAAGAGAAUGAACCAGAAAAGAAAGAGGGGAAAUCGGAGGAGAAACAGGAUGAUGAAAAGAAUGAAGAGGAGGAAGACAGAGAGGAUGAAGAUGAUGAGGCGGAACAAGAUGGUGGGGGUGGGAAGAAGGGGGGUGAAGAUAAGGAUGAUGGCGGCAAUGGCGGCACCGCUAGCACCGACCAGCCCAGCAAGGGAGGUGGUGAUGAUGAGGGAGGUGCACAAAAUCCGGGGUGGCGUGGGGGCAGUUGCGACGACGAGGUGCCGCUAAGUACGAUCAUUGAGAGACUCAAGCGCACAAGCAAGGAAAAAAGUGAGCCAGAGGAAACGAUGUCCGUCGAGAGCACACAAGGAAGCAUCCAAAGCGCCGGCAGUUUUUUUCAGAGCAACUUCGUCAAGAUGGACAUGCGGAAGGAGCCAUUUGAGGUUCAGAGUGGGCCUCUCAUUUCAGCUGCAGAUUUGGUGAGGAUUGGAGAUGCCCAGUACAGACAGAAACAGGCCAUCCCCGAGACCCAUGAUAUCCCUCUUUUCCCGAUGUCCGCGAUGCCAACUGAGGAAAAAUUCUCCGUGAUGGAUUUGUGCCCUGAGACGAUGGUAGAUGAGUUGGAACUACCAAGUUUUGCCAAAAAGAGAAGGAAAGAAAGCUUACAGGAGGAGUUGGAGCGGCUGCCAUGA